AUGGAUUGGAAGCAGAAAGCCAUAGAACUCUUCAAUUCUGCAGCUUCAACUCCAAAAGAGUUAUUCUACCUCUUCACCAACACACUUCUCAGCCUCCUCUUACCCCUCUCGUUUCUUCUCCUAGCUAGACUCUCUGGUGCCCAAUACUAUCUUCAAAGCCUCACUUUGAACCAUUCAUCACAACCCUUUCCCUAUGUGUUAUCUCUUGCCCUGCACAUCAACCCCUGUGUUCUCUACGUUCUUGUGUCCAUUGUAACCGUAGCUUCCUUAAUCCAUGGCUUAACAGGAAAAAUCACCCUUUUCAGCGAGUCAUCAAGCACUGUUCUUCAACCUCGUCUCUACACUGCGUGGCUUCUACUUUGUACUUUCCAAGUUUGUGUUGGUUUGGGAAUUGAGGGAAGCAUUGCUGCGGGAGUUUAUGACUCUGACUCGAGCUUUGGCGUUGAGAGGAGCCUCUUGAGCAGAACAAUUUUCUUCUUGGGGUUGCACGAGACAACGCAAGUUUGGUCUCUGAUUGCGGUAAGGCCCGUGGUGGAUGACACGGUGUUUGGGGUUGCAAGAAAAGAAAGAUGGGUUGAAAGGGUGGCAAUGGCUGCGAGCUUAGGGAGCUUAUGGUGGUGGAGGUUAAGGGAGGAUGUGGAGAAUUUGGUGAUUAUGGCUGAGGCAAAGAAAGAGCAAUUGAUGGAUGUUGGAAUGGGUGAUUUCGUUGGAUGGUGGUUGUAUUAUGUGACUGUCACAAUUGGGAUGGUGAGGGUUGUAAAGUGUCUUAUGUGGAUGUUCUUGAUUUGUCUCUGUAGAAGAAGGACAACAGGGAUUUCCACCGUGGAACCUAGUGACAACGAUGACAAGGUGUAA